AGGCCUGUUUCUCUGAAGAGUUCUUCACAAACCAUCAGCCAUGAGAGCGGUUGUGCUUGCCCUGACUGUAGCCCUUGUGGCGAGUCAACAGAUCAACCUUGUUCCUGAGUUUGCCCUCGAUAAGACCUAUGUGUACAAGUACGAGGCUCUACUCUUGGGCGGUCUUCCUCAUGAAGGUCUGGCCAGAGCGGGUAUAAAAGUCAACAGCAAGGUUCUCCUCAGUGCUGUGACCGAGAACACCUUCCUUAUGAAGCUCAUGGACCCUCUGCUCCAUGAGUAUGCUGGCAUUUGGCCCAAGGAUCCAUUUGUUCCUGCAACUAAGCUCACCUCAGCACUGGCUGCUCAGCUUCAGAUUCCCAUCAAGUUUGAGUACGCAAAUGGUGUGGUUGGAAAGGUAUUUGCCCCUGCAGGAGUCUCCCCUACAGUCAUGAACUUGCAAAGAGGUAUCCUCAACAUCCUUCAGCUCAACCUCAAGAAGACCCAGAACAUCUAUGAGCUGCAAGAGGCUGGAGUUCAGGGAGUGUGCAGGACCCACUAUGUCAUCAAUGAGGAUCCAAAGGCCAACCACAUUAUUGUAACCAAGUCUAAGGAUCUGAGCCACUGCCAGGAGAAAAUCAUAAAGGACAUUGGUUUGGCAUACACUGAGAGGUGUGCUGAAUGCACAGAGAGGGACAAGAGUCUGAUUGAAACUGCAACUUACAACUACAUCAUGAAACCAGCUGCCGCCGGAGUACUAAUCGCUGAGGCAACAGUUGAAGAAGUGCAUCAGUUUUCACCUUUAAAUGAGAUCCAUGGUGCGGCAAUGAUGGAAGCAAAACAAACCUUGGCUUUUGUUGAGAUUGAGAAGACCCCUGUUGUUCCAAUCAAAGCUGAUUACUUGGCCCGUGGAUCCCUGCAGUAUGAGUUUGCAACUGAGAUUCUUCAGACUCCCAUUCAACUCAUGAAGAUCAGUGAUGCCCCAGCCCAGAUUAUCGAAAUCCUAAAACACCUUGUUGCAAACAAUGUGGCCAUGGUCCAUGAUGAUGCUCCCCUUAAGUUUGUUCAGCUCAUCCAGCUUCUGCGUUUUGCCACCUUAGAAAACAUCGAGGCUAUCUGGGCUCAGUUCAAGGACAAACCAGUUUACAGGCGCUGGCUCCUGGAUGCUCUUCCUGCUGUUGGCACACCAGUCAUUGUAAAAUUAUUAAAGGAGAAGUUCCUGGCUGGUGAACUUACCAUUCCAGAGUUCAUUCAAGCUCUUGUGGUUGCUCUGCAAAUGGUCACUGCUGAUCUGGAAACCAUCCAGUUGACAGCUAGUUUGGCUUUGCACGAGAAAAUUGCCACAAUCCCAGCUCUGCGUGAAGUCGUAAUGCUUGGAUAUGGUUCCAUGAUUGCCAAGCACUGUGUUGCAGUUCCCACUUGCCCUGCUGAGCUCCUCGGGCCCAUUCAUGAGAUUGCUGCAGAGGCCAUUUCCAAGAAUGACAUUCCUGAAAUCACUUUGGCUCUUAAAGUCCUCGGCAAUGCUGGUCAUCCUGCUAGUCUUAAACCCAUCAUGAAGCUCCUACCUGGACUGAGAACUGCAGCUACUUCUCUGCCCCUUAGGAUACAGGUUGAUGCCAUCUUGGCCCUGAGGAACAUUGCCAAGAAGGAGCCCAAACUUGUUCAGCCAGUGGACCUACAGCUUGUAUUGGACAGAGCUCUCCACCCAGAAGUGCGCAUGGUUGCUUGUAUUGUGUUGUUUGAGACCAAGCCAUCAGUGGCUCUCAUCUCCAGUCUUGCUGGUGCUUUGAAGCUUGAGACUAAUAUGCAUGUUGCGAGCUUCGCCUAUUCUCAUAUCAAGUCCUUGACCAGAAUCACUGCUCCUGAUAUGGCAGCUGUUGCUGGUGCAGCUAAUGUUGCCAUCAAGCUCAUGAGCCCCAAGCUGGACAGGCUUAGCCUCCGUUUCUGCAGAGCCCUUCAGCUGGACUUCUAUCAUACUCCUCUUAUGGUUGGAGCUGCUGGUAGUGCUUACAUGAUCAAUGAUGCUGCCACCAUCCUGCCCAGAGCUGUAGUAGCUAAAGCACGUGCUUACCUGGCUGGUGCUGCUGCUGAUGUUCUAGAGAUUGGUGUGAGAACUGAAGGACUCCAGGAGGCUCUUCUGCAAUCUCCUGCUGCAGAUGAAAGUGUUGACCGUAUCACAAAGAUUAAGCGCACCCUGAGAGCACUUGCAAACUGGAAGGCCUUGCCAACCAAUCAGCCAUUGGCUUCAGCCUACAUCAAAUUAUUUGGACAAGAAGUGGCUUUUGUCAAUGUUGACAAGACAGUCAUUGAAGAAGCAAUACCGAUUGUGACUGGACCCAAACCACGUGAACUGUUGAAGGCGGCACUUAAAGCAUUGCAGGAAGGAAUUGCCUUGCAGUAUGCCAAACCCCUGCUCAUGGCUGAAGUGCGCCGAAUCUUGCCAACAGCAAUUGGUGUGCCCAUGGAGCUCAGUUUGUACACUGCUGCUGUUGCUGUUGCAAGUGUCAAUGUUCAGGCCACCAUUACACCACCUCUCCCUGAGGAGAUUGAGACCAUGACUCUUGAGCAGCUUAAGAAGACUGAUGUUCAACUCCAAGCUGAAGCUAGACCAAGCGUUGCUCUUCAGACCUUUGCUGUGAUGGGAGUGAACACUGCCUUGAUCCAAGCUGCUGUUAUGGCAAAAGGAAAGAUCCGUACAAUUGCACCUGGAAAAGUGGCUGCAAGAGCAGACAUUCUCAAGGGCAACUACAAGGUGGAGGCUCUGCCUGUUGAGGUUCCUGAACAUAUUGCUGAUGUGAGCUUUGAGACACUUGCUGUGGUCAGAAACAUUGAAGAGCCCACUGCUGAGAGGAUUGUUCCCUUGGUACCCGAAUUGGCUGUGCAGAAUGCCCAGACACCUGCUGAUUAUUCGUCAUAUGAGAUACCAGAUCAGGCUGCUCUGAGAUCUGCCACACCAUUUCACAAGACUCUCUGUCUUGCUGUCCCAUACAUUGAAAUCAAGGGAUGCAUUGAGGUGCACUCUCACAAUGCCGCUUUUAUCAGAAAUGAUCCUCUGUUCUACAUAAUUGGACAGCACUCAGCCCGUGCCUCUGUGGCAAGAGCUGAAGGUCCUGCAGUUGAAAGACUGGAGCUUGAAGUCCAAGUUGGUCCUAGAGCUGCUGAGAGGCUCCUUAAGCAAAUCAGUCUCAUUGAUGAGGAGGCUCCAGAAGGAAAGGCCUUCCUGUUGAAACUGAGGGAAAUCCUGGAGACUGAAGAUAAAAAUGUUCGUGUAUCUUCUGAAAGCAGCAGCAGCAGCCGUAUCAUCAGCAGCAGCUCAAGCUCCUCCAUGUCCAGCUCUCAUAAAAAUGUUCGUGUAUCUUCUGAAAGCAGCAGCAGCAGCCGUAUCAUCAGCAGCAGCUCAAGCUCCUCCAUGUCCAGCUCUCGUAUGACUGAGACUGCCACCGUCAUGGAGCCGUUCAGGAAAUUCCACAAAGAUCGGUACAUGGCACCCCAUGGUGCCUCAAAGGCAGUUAGCAGUGGAAGCACUGCAUCUAGCUUUGAGAAAAUCCAGAAACAGGCCAAGUUCCUCGGAAAUGCUGUUCCUCCUGUUUUUGCUGUCAUUGCCCGUGCUGUGAGAGUUGACCACAAGCUGCUGGGCUACCAGCUUGCUGCUUACUUUGACAAGCCAAAUGCAAGAGUGCAGCUUGUCGUUUCUUCCAUUGCUGAAAAUGACAACCUGAAGAUCUGUGCUGACGGUGCCGUGUUGAGCAAGCACAAAGUCACCGCCAGGGUUGCUUGGGGUCCAGAGUGCCAACAGUAUGCAGUCAUUGCUAAAGCUGAGGCUGGUGUACUGGGCGAAUUCCCUGCUGCACGUCUAGAGGUGGAAUGGGAGAGGCUGCCAAUAAUUGUCACCACCUACGCCAAAAAGCUGUCUAAACACAUCCCAAUGGCAGCUUUCAAAGCGGGCUUCAAACUUGAAAGAGUAUCGAACGCUGACAAAGAGAUCGAACUGACUGCGGCCUUGCCAUCUCAGAGGUCGCUGAAUGUCAUUGCUAGGAUCCCAGAGAUGACACUGUCAAGAAUGGAUAUUCCUCUUCCCAUCGCUGUUCCCAUCAAUCCAGACGGAACCCUUUCCAUUCAAAUCGAUGAGGACAUUCUCUCUUGGAUCCAAAAACAUAUCAAGGAAGAAUAAAACAUGAAGAAUUACAUUUUACAUUUAAGAAAAUGUUAGCGGUGUUCAUAUUGUAUAGUUCAAAUUUCAUGUUUAAUUGAAUUUUACCACUGAUUUAAUGCAAGCAAUACUAAUAAACACCCUGCAAGUUA